GGGAGGGCGCGCGGCGGGCGGGCGGCGCGGCCAUGGCGGCCGGCGCGGCGCAGGGGCUCGGCGAGGGCGGCGGCGGCCGCGGGUUCCUGGGCCCGCGUGUGCCGGCCGAGGUGGAGGCCAUGGCCAGGGGCGUGCAGGACGUGGGCAAGGAGACCUUCCGGCGGCUCCUCAAAGUCACUGUUAAUGCCUUGGAAGGAAAAGACUGCAAGGAAUCUGUCAGGCUGAUUGCAGAAAGUGCUAACCUCUCAGAAGAGCAACUUGCUUUCCUCAUUUCUGGCAUGUACACCCUCCUCCGAGAAGCACUGAGACUCCCCUUAUCAACUUUCAAACAAGAAGUUUUUAAAGAAGACCUGAAGGAGCUCAGAAUACCAGAAGAUUUCAUUGUGGACUUUUCCAGUGUAGUCUUUGGUAACAGGCGUCCCACUUCGGAAGGCACAGCUCUGAUACAAAGAAGUCGGCUGCCAAGCAUCCAGGACUUCAAGUGGAGAGUGGAUGUAGCUAUAUCCACAAGUUCACUGGCCCGUGCACUCCAGCCAUCCAUUCUGAUGAUGAUGAAGCUUUCAGAUGGGACAGCUCAUCGCUUUGAAGUGCCAGUUGCAAAGUUUCAAGAACUGAGAUACAAUGUUGCCCUUAUACUGAAGGAAAUGAAUGAUUUGGAGAAGAGGAGUAUACUGAAGAUCCAAGACUGAACACUUUUAAAUUGGGAGUUUAUGGAAGAGAUCUGAAACCCUCAGCAUGUUUUGUGAAUGCAAAACAGGGGACCAUCACCACUUUGCCUCUAUGAACUUCAAUGUGGUAUUUAUGAUGUCUGCUGUAAAUAUUUUUUCUCAAUUCAAGUGUUUAAAAGCACAGGCUCUUUUUGUAAGACUUAGAAAGAACAAAACAUUUAUCUAAGAAAAAAUAUAAUGCUCUUUGUGAACAUUUUUGCAUGAUUCAUCAAAACAUUUUUUUAAAUAACUGUCUUAAUAGAUGUAAGAGUCAUUUAUUUCUGAUUAUGAUUCAUAACUAAUUUUUUGAAAGUGUGCUACCGGAAGCCCUAUCAAUGUGUAUGUAUCAUAAGAAAGCUCUGCAUUAUUUCAAAUAAAAAUAAAAUAAC